GCACGUCAGAAACGCUGAAAAAUUCUGAAUUUUCAGUGGCAGUCGUGGAUCCUGGUGUACAACGGCCUUGCGCCACUGAUUGAUGUGCAAUGAACGAAGGCUGGAAGACAUGCACAACCCGAAUUAUAACCGGAUAAUACCCUAUAAAUACUAACGGCACUGACCGUCGCAGUUGUGUGAUAUCGCAUAAUUAGCAUAAAAAUGAGAUUGGACUGCAAAAGCGAGACUGGAAUUAAAAUGCAAAGAAUGUACGCACUGUUGGCAACCUUGACAUUUUGGUUUAUCAUCAUACAAUUGCCGUCACAAUCCGAGCAGGCGGUGCCCACCGCUCAAAUAACGGUACCAUGCGAUCGCAGUCGCAAAGUAUUCACGGAGCCCUACGGCGAAAUUAGCGACGGACCCUCCGGCUAUAAUUACACGCAGGACUCGCACUGCGAAUGGCUGAUCAAAGCGAAAAAUGACAGUCAAUUCAUAACACUAACAUUCCAUAGCAUGGGCACCGAGUGCUCCUAUGACUAUAUAUAUGUAUACGAUGGCGACUCAUUUAAUUCAACGCUGCUUGGCAGCUUUAGCGGACGCACUCAACCCCAGAAACUCGUUGCACGCAGCGGCACUAUGCUCAUACUGAUGUACAGCGAUACAAACUAUGUGCUGGAUGGUUUUCGUGCUUCGUACUACAUAUCAAAUUGCCUGAACAAUUGCCACAAUCAUGGCAAGUGUGUGGGCCACCAGUGCGUCUGCCAUGGCGAAUGGGUGGGGCCCGAUUGUGAGGACGAGGCCUGCCCUCAGAAAUGUGGCGAACACCAGGGUCGCGGCAAGUGCCAGAAGAGCAUUUGUCAUUGCUCCAAAGGCUAUAGCGGCAGAUUGUGCGAUCUGAGCGAUAAUCCACCGGGCAGCAGUUGGCGUUGGCUGGCCACAGAUGCCGAGGGUAUGACACCUCGGGCUGCACACACCGCCAUCUACAUAGAGGAUGAGGAUGCGCUCUACGUAUUCGGCGGCUAUGAUCUAAACAAUGUCAUCAGCACAUUGCAGAUAUAUCGCUUUAGCACCAGUCAAUGGGAGGAUGAGUGGGGCAUUCCGUUGCAGAGUCGUCGUCACUUUUAUCAUCCGCAAAAAAUCGAUCAUACGCUGCUAAAGGCAGUGCUGCAGCACAAGAACGAGGAUGAAGCCAAGCUCUGGGGUCUGACCAGCGAUGUGAGCUUCUUUCGCAACAUACUCUACACGCUGGCCGAAUCGAAUUUGCAUCAGCGACGCACACGCUCCUCACUCCCGCUGACCACUGUCAAUGCCAAUUCGACGGAUGAGGAACUAACCGAAUAUCUGGAGGAUAUACUUGAAGAGGUAACGGAUCAUAAGCCACAUGGUCGUUACGGACAUGCAGCGGAUCGUGUGCCGGGUGGAUUUGUACUGUAUGGCGGCAAGCAUGUCAAUGGUAGCUUCUACAACGAUCUCUGGCAAUACAAUAACACUGAAAGUGGCGGCAAAUGGAAACAGAUGGCCAUCAAAUCAAAACUUCAACCACCGGCGCUGGCCCGCCACACGCUGACAACGGCUGCGGAUUAUCUGUAUUUGUUUGGCGGCAGUGUGGAGUCCGGUGAAUUCUCCUCCAGCGUUUAUCGCAUACGUCUGCCCCUGAGCGAGGAAUCUCAGUGGCAGCUGGUGCGUCCCCGAGGUGGUAAACCUUUGGAUGUACGCCUUGCAGCACAUUCCACCGUCUACUAUGCGGCAACGAAUUCGCUGAUUGUUUUCGGCGGCAUCAUGACCAGUUUGGCACGUUUCUCCAAGCUAUCGGAUCGCAUUUUUGCCUUUCAACUGGAUCAGCAAUUUUGGACGGAGAUCCUCUAUCCACGCACUGCGCUGCGGGAUACAAAUAUUCCGAGAGAACGUGCAUUUCAUUCGGCCACAAUAUCGGGAAAUUAUAUGAUUGUAUUUGGUGGAUAUACGCAUCGGCAUAAUAAGGACGAGAUCUGCUACGAUAAUCAGAUGUAUUGGUAUCAUCUCAGCUGUCACAUCUGGAUCAAUCAGGUUGUCUCCGCCGAUGAUUCGCUGUACCCAAAGCAUCAGGGUGUUUUUGCCCAUGCGGCUGCAUUGCGUCGCAAUCAUACACUGCUCAUUGUCGGUGGCUAUCAUGGCAAUGUGAAUGCAGAUCUCUUUGCAUAUGAGUUGCCAAAGGUUCUCCGUGAGGAGAACACCCAGCAUAAUCACAAUCCAGAAAUGUCGUGUCGUUUGCAUCCCUCGCACACGGCCUGCUUGUCGAAUCCGGAGUGCGGCUGGUGUUCGGCGGAUAGCAGCUGUUAUGGUCGCACCAUUGGCGCCAAUUGCACCACAAAUUUGCAGACAACCCGGUGUCCGGGCAUUUGUCCAUCCCUCGGCGAUUGUCAUGCGUGUCUGGUGCAUGGCACCAGAUGGGGGCGUGGACGAACUGGUGCCUCCUCCGUGGCCAGCAAGCUGGGACUCAACGAGUGCACGUGGUGUGUUCAGAAUGCGCGUUGUCAUCAUCGCGAUGACACCUACAGCAAUUGCGGUGACAGCAACGGCUGGUGGGGCAAGAAGGGCACCGAGAUCCGGGAGCCCAUCAUGUGCACCCGCACGGAUCGACGGCCGGGCUUGACCUACAUUAGAUACAACUAUCCGGUCAACUUUACGAUGCCCGACUAUGUGGGCAUUGUGAAUGCCACCAUGGUGGACUUUGCCUCACCCCCAGCAGCUGCGUUCUUUGAGCAGCAGCAGCAGGGCGAGAUGCUGGCUCGUCUCAUCGGCUAUGUCCGGCCGGAGAAACAAUGGAAAAGUGACAAUUACUCCGCUAUACAGGUCUGUAGCAGCUAUUCCUCGGCCGUACUGCGUGCCGGACCCGGCUUCGAUCUCGACAAGCUCGAGGAGGUGACCACUCAAAGCUCAAAUCAAUCCUACUGCAGCACCGUACAACUGAAUAACACGGAUAUGCCGUUCCUCAUCGAUUUUCAGGCCCGUCGUCGCCUUGGCCAGAAUAACAUUUACAACACGUAUCAGAAGACGAAAAUGGAGUUGCAGCACUUGCAUCAUGGCCAGUUGAAUGCACUGACUUUUGAGUAUUUGGAGCCGUAUUACUCGGGGAUGUGCAGCCAGUACAGCAACUGUUUGCACUGCUUGACUGAUGCUUCCUGCUCCUGGUGCCCCUUGACCAACAAAUGUCAUUUACGAUCUGUGAAUGAGACUGCAGUCUGCUCGACCAACGAUCCGGAGGAUGGCUUCCAUUGGGCAUAUCUGAUCAAUCAGCCCACACAGUGCUCCAACUGUUCCAACUAUGUGACAUGUCGAGCCUGCGUCUCUACACCUGGCGAUGGUGAUUGCGAAUGGUGGCUGGACGAUGCACGCUGCGGUCGCAUUGGCAAAUCCAAUAGCAGUGUACGCGCAAUUGCCCAGUGUCCGCGACCAUGUCGCGAACGGCGUGGCUGUGAUCAGUGCUUGGGCGAACGGGGACGCUGUGUGUGGUGCGAGGCGAGUGCUCAAUGCUUCAGUUUCGCUGUGUACACCAGCGAGUAUCAGUUUGGCAUGUGCCGCGAAUGGAUCGACAAGGUCGCAACGCCAGUGAUUGCAACAGCGACAACAACGCCAGGAUCCUCGUCUCCGUCCACAACCACAUUAACGAUGCAUCCUGCGCCGCUGCGUUCGCUGCAGCAGUGCAAAUCGUGUGAACGUCUGCGUAACUGCACCGCCUGCCUGCGCACCUUGAGCUGUGGCUGGUGCUUCGAUCGCGACAAUCCCAUCGAGGGCAUUUGCAUGCAGGGCGAUUUCAGCUACAGUGCUGGCAACUGUUCGCUGGCCUUGAAUAGCAGCUCGCAGCACGAUGCCGAAUGGGCCUAUGCCCAGUGUCCCGAUGUCGAUGAGUGCGGCCUGGGACUGCAUGACUGCCACAAGGAGGCCAAGUGCACAAAUACCCAGGGCAGUUACAAUUGUCAUUGUCGUCGUGGCUAUGUUGGCGAUGGACGCUUCAGUUGCGUCCGCACCUGCUAUGAGUUCUGUCAGCAUGGCUAUUGCUCUGGCGCUCCGAGCUACAGCUGCAAAUGUGAUCUGGGUUGGACGGGCAGCGAUUGUGGCAUCAGCUGCGGAUGCAACAAUCAUUCCACCUGCAUCGAGCGGCUGGGCAAGUGCGACCAGUGCCAAUCGUGGACGGAGGGCGAACGUUGCGAGAAAUGUCGCCAGGGCAGCUAUGGCAAUGCGACGGCCACCAUUGGCUGUCAUCCCUGUGAGUGCAACGGCCACGGCAAUCAGGAUCUGGGCAUUUGUAAUGUGCAUCACGGCGAAUGCUUUUGCAAGGACAAUACGGAGGGAUCCAAGUGCGAUUUGUGUGAGCCGGGCUUCUAUGGCGAUCCCCGCGAUGGAGGUCAGUGCUAUUAUCAGUGUGAGUCUCGUGGCAUCCUCACCAGCAUUGGACGCAGUGCCAUUGGCUCGUAUCAAUCGUAUCGUUCGCCUUGGGGCGCCAGUCUCAAGGUGCGUGAAUGCUUGUGGAUCCUGCAGCCGAAGACGUUGCAAGCGGAUAAAUCUCUGCUCCAGCUGGAAUUCCAAUGGAAUAACCUGACCAUGGAUUGUGAUGAGAACGCCGUGUAUAUCUAUGACAGUCUGCCGGAUCUGACGGGCGCUGCACAACAGAACCAGUUACUGGCCGUCGUCUGUAAGCCGUAUAGCUCGGCGAGGAUCAUCGAGGCACGUUCCAGCCACGUGACUGUGUACUAUAAACAGGGCAGCGAGCGACGCAACUUUGGCUUCAAUGCGCUGUACUCGGUGAAGAAUUGUGUGGCCGGCAGCUGUCUGCAUCCGCACGUCUGUGAUGCACUGCAGCGUUGCGUCUGCCCCGCCGGCUAUGUGGGUGCUCGCUGCGAGAUGGAAAUCUGUCCCAGUAAUUGCAAUGCCAAAAAUGCCCAGGGAUAUUGCGAUACGGAAUACGGUCGUUGCAUUUGCAGUAGUCCCAACUUUGCCGGCGCCGAUUGUGGCACCUUGGUGGAACCACAUCAUUUGGUCAUGACGGAGCUGUUCAACACCCAAUUGCUCAGCGAAUCCAUGGAGCAUCUGCGGAAGACUAUACCGCGUUUUGGGCACUCGGUGAAUGCGGAUCGACGCGGCUCGUUGUGGAUGUUUGGCGGCUAUUCGCCGAGUCAUGGAGCCUUGAACGAUUUCCGGCAAUUCGAUACGAAGAAUGCCACCUGGCUGCAGGUGACGGUAGAAUCGUCCACGCCGGAGGAUCGCAUGCCAUUGGGUCGCUACUUUCAUGCGGCCGAGAUUCAUGUGAAGCGACAGAUUAUUUAUAUCUAUGGCGGCAUUGGCGCCAGCUCACGUCUGCUCCAGGACUUUUGGCAGUUCUCCAUACAAAACCAGCGCUGGAGUCUGAUCGAAGUGGACGAAGGCAAGCAGAAGGAGCAGCAAGAGCAGCAGGAGCAGCCGGAAGAGGAACAGGAGCAGGAACAGGAACAGCAGCAGCCGGAGCAGGAGCGGGAGCAACAGCGAGUGCAGGAAUCCCCACCAGCACUGGCCGGACACACAUUGACGCACGUGCGCUAUCAGGAACGUGACUCGCUGCUCCUCAUCGGUGGUUUGACAUUGAAUAAGUCUCGUUCGCUGGAACUGUGGGAAUUCAAUGUGGACACCGGCCGUUGGCAACAAUUGGCCGCAAUGGGCGCCCGUCUACCGUCUAUGCUGUACGGUCACAGUGCCGUCUAUCAUAUGGAGACGCAUAGCGUUUAUGUCUUUGGCGGCUACGCGGGCAAGGCACGAAACAUUCUCUACGCCUUGGAUCUGAACAAGCUCAGCUGGAGCGAGUUGCCCACAUUUAACGAGCUCAAUGCACCGUCAUCAAAAUUGCCACGUGCCCGUUACUUUCACUCUGCAGUCACCACGGAAUCCUAUAUGGUUGUCUACGGUGGACGGACGAGUCCGUUUAAUGCCACCGAUGUGCUCAUUGCCUAUGUCUAUGCCUGCAAUCAGUGGGUGCGUCUAACGGACGAUGUGACACUGAUUGGCCGAGUGCCAGUGGCCAGUUAUGCCGAGGACAUGACCAUCGAUCCGGAUACGGGUGCCAUCUAUGUCAUUGGUGGCUGGGAUGGCAGCGCAACCCAAUCGCAUGUGACGCGCAUUAAUCUGCCCGAUGACAUUUGUCGUCUGUGGAGUGGUGGCAAGUCCAUUUGCCGGCAUUACAUGGGUUGCAGCUAUUGCACCGUGCAAUCGACGUACAAGAACACCUCCACUUGCUACACCCAGGGUCGGACGCCGUGUCUCAAUCAGAAUGGCACGCUCAUCAUCAAUAAUGGACCCGCCUGCAAUGAUCAGUGGCUGGCGAAACGCGAUUGCAACAAUUUUUGGACCUGCAGCGAAUGUCUGGCCUCAUGGCCCAUCCACCCAGAGGCGACACCGGUUUGCCAGUGGUGCGAUGAGUGCGGCAUUCUUCAGAAAUGUGGUCCAGCUGGUGUCGAUUGUAUACGCGGCACUGCAUGGAGCUGCCCCAGGGAGCUGAACGUUGGCGGGCUCAAUAAUUGCCCGCUGCCGCGUUGUCAUCAUUUGGGCUGCGAGGCUUGCAUGCUGCGUAAAGAUGAAUGCUAUUGGGCACACAACGAUUUGGGGCAUGUGGAGUGCAUAGCGAGGGAUCUUGUGAUGAAGAAUGCCUAUCGUGUGGUCGAGCAAUGUCCGGCUGCGUGUCACACGCACACCAAUUGUAGCAGUUGUCUGCUGUCCGGGCAGGAUGACAUCUCAACGGAUUGCAAGUGGUCGACCAUGUUGAACGAAUGCGUGUCGCCCAGUGCCCAACCCUUGCUUUGUGCCGGCGGCGUUUGUGGUCUGGUGCUCAUCUCCAGUGAGCUGAAACGUUGCCCGGAACCGUGUCAUGUGUAUACACAGUGUUCGAGCUGCUUGGAGCAUGCCCAUUGUGGUUGGUGUGCUCGUGAGGGCUUCAAUGGCGAUGGUAUUUGUACGGAGGGCGCUCUGGAGCAUCGACAGGAGCAUCCGUCGGGCUCGACCUGUGAUCUCAUCUACAGCAGUUGGCGCAACGAUUCCCAGCUGACCCAUGCGGACGUUGUCAGCUGGCACUAUGUCCAGUGUCCGGCGGAGAAUGAGUGCGAGAACGGUCAUCACAAUUGUGAUGCCAUCUCCGAGCAGUGCAUCGAUCUGGACACCAACACACCCGGCUACAAAUGCGUCUGUGCUUUGGGCUAUCGUGGAGAUGCCCAUGGCUGUGUUCCCGUCUGCCAGCAGGGCUGCGUCCGUGGCAGCUGUACCCGGCCCAAUGAGUGCAAAUGUGAUUUUGGCUAUGUCGGCGAGAACUGUAGCAUUCAGUGCCUUUGCAACGGUCACUCCAAUUGUGAGUCGAGCCAUCGCCUGGACAUCUGUCUGGAGUGCCACAACAAUACGAUGGGCGAACAGUGCGAGAAGUGUCAACCCCUCUUUGUGGGUAAUCCCCGUGAGGGACAUGCCUGCCAGCCGUGUCUCGAGUAUUGUCAUGGCCAUUCGGAUUCCUGUGUGGACUACGAUGCAGAUCCGGCUGUCUUCAAUAUGACCCGUUCGGAUUUGGAGCGCAUUCUGCCCGAGGGUCCGUCGCAUAAUGCGACCUGUUUGCGCUGUGCAAAUCACACGGCUGGCGAUCGUUGCGAUAGCUGCCUGCUGGGCUAUUUUAGGGGCAGCGAGGAUCUGCAGCGCCAGUGCCGGCCGUGUCAGUGUCAUGGCCAUGGCAAUAUCUGCGAUGCCGUCACCGGCGAGAAGUGCAAUUGUGCCAAUAACACGGAGAGCGAUGCCACCUGCACAGCGGGCGGUGGCAAGAAUUCCGCACAGCUCUGCUGGAGCGUUCAGUGUUCCAAGUGUCGCGACUCGUAUGCGGGUAAUCCCACCGAUGGACAUCAGUGCUACAAGCAAAUCACCGUCGAGUCGCGCAUGUGCUUCGAUGCCAAACCCAUUGAGGAAUGCAAAUCGAAGCCGGCGGCGCUGAAGCCGGGUCAGACUGUAUUCUUUGUCAUCCAGCCGAGAUUCAUGAAUGUGGACAUCCGCAUCAUUAUCGAUGUGACAAAGGGGGAGUUGGAUGUGUUUAUGUCGCCGCAGGAUGACUCGUUUAUUGUGGAACCGAAUCAGACGACGGGCUACCACGAGAUCUUCCUCGACAAUCGCUACAAUUGGGGACCCAAAAUGAAGCGAGAGCAUCCGCUAAAUGUUGCCCUGCCCCGCCACGACAAUGUGACGCUGCAGAAGCUCUUUCAGCCGGAUCGACGCACGGGCUCAUUGCCGCACGGCAGCGGUGCGGGUAGCAACAGUUUCUAUGUGCCACAGUUGCACGAUUGCCGGAGUCAUGGCGGGCAUAGUUUCGUCGUCCAGGAUCAGUAUGCCAAGGAUCUGAGCACCCAUGUGACGCUCAAUCAGUGCAACACGCUGCUCCGUCUCUUUGGGCUGAAGAAUCGUUUGGUACUCACGCUGCCGCAGCAUGCCCACAAUUUGAGCGCCACGCGUUUCUUUAUUGCACUGCGCGCCAGUUCUGGGCCGGAGUCGAGCUAUGGCUCGGUUGUGUUUCGUCAGGAUCAGCUGCACAUCGAUCUGUUCGUCUUCUUCUCGGUGUUCUUCUCGUGCUUUUUCCUGUUCCUCGCCCUGUGCGUCAUCGUUUGGAAGGUGAAGCAGGCAUCCGACUUGCGACGUGCUCGUCGCCAGCAUGUCGUCGAAAUGUUGCAUCUGGCCAAGCGUCCAUUUGCUCAAAUCUUUCUCGCCUCGAACAGUCUCGAUGCGGACAACAGUCCGCCAGCAACUUCGGCAUCCUCCUCGGCCCGAGCAAUGCGUCAUCGUGCCCGUCAAGCGCUGCUCCUCCAACAGCAGCAGCAACAGCAACAGCAGCAAUCCAAUCAUCAGAUCCAGGUUGAGACGCAGGUGCACAGCCAACCCAUACAGUUGGCGGCCUCCUCUGCCCCAUCCUCGUCCGUGACACAUGUCUCCACCUACACCUCCACGCACAACUCGACACACACACAAACCUCAGCUCGCCACAUCAGCAACAGUGCAGGAACAGGCGCAGCCGCAGCCGGCAGCAGCAACAACAAUAACAACAACUGUAGCAACAACACUCGUUCGGGGCAUGCCACACAAGGCAACACAAGGACACGGCACAGGAGCCACAGUCAUAGUCGGCCUCGUCAUGGCCAGUCCACGGAGAUCAUGCUUGUGGCCAUUGAGCCAACUAGCGAUAAUCUGGCCGCUGUGGCCACCGUAUUUGUCAGCCUGCCCGGGCGCUCGAAGGCGCCGACAAGCAUUGCGCUCGGCUCCACAUUGAUAUCGUAUCCGCGUCAAUAUCCGAUCAAUUCGCGACACUAUAUGCGUCAGCAGCGGAACCAUCAUCAUCCUAAUCCGGCCAAUCCGGCUAAUCAGGCCAUUCAGCCAGCGCCGUAAAACAAACAAAUAACUAGAACAAAAAGCAAAAGCUGUAAGUGUUAGCCAGUGUUUACUAUAUAAUAUACUAAAUCCUCUAAACCCCUCAACCCGCCCUCGACCCCAUUCCCCGCGCUCUCUCUUAGCAAUAUGAUGUGCAGCAAACUAGUAAAUUAUAGAUUUAUAUAGUGUUGUACUAUGUAUUUGUGUAUAUAGACAGGUUGUGUAAAGUUGUCGCUUGCUAAAUUGAAAUGAGUUGAUUCCAUUGAAUCGUGAUCGAUUCUAGUUACAAAAAUUAUAUGGUUGUAAUAGAUAUAUACACUUUAUUUUAAAGUUAGUGCUUCUUAAGACCGAUUUGUUGAAAGUCUUAAAAAUGUUCAAAAUAGGAAACAAUAACAAUUUUCGCUUGAAUGCAUUUCUCAGAUUUAUAACUCUGCUUUUAAAGACUUUUUCGAUUCGAUUCCAGUUAAUAGUAUUCACAUAAUUUUGAUUCCUUCAAAUUCUUUUUUUCCUUAUAUAAAAAAAAAGAGAAUUUUCAUGAUUGUAAUAUAUUGUAUUUAAAACUGAAUAAUUUUAUAAGAUACAUUUUGUUUUCAAUGUGUAGCAAUUUUAGAUUAAAUUCCAAUUAAUGAACAUUUCUUAUUUCUGAUAGACCCAAUUUUCCAGCGACUACUCUAUAUAUACAUACAUAUAUACGUACGCACGUGGCAGGUAUACAUAAUUUAGGCAAUUUUUGUAUAUAACUUUUAGUUAACGAAACAUAAUACUUUAUAAUGCUAUCUAUAAAGAGAAGAUCUGAAAACUAAAAAGACAUAUUUUGUGUGCAGCAGGCAGAGAAUACUGAAAGUUAACUUUCGCAUAACUAUUCGAAACGAAAGAGGAACAUAAAAACAAAAACAAAAUAUACUCUAUUAACCCUUUGGUAAUAGAGUAUACCAAAAAAAAAACAACAAAAUGAACAACUAAAUGGAAUUUGAUCUAUGUGUUAAGCUUAAGAUAUAAGUAAUACUAUGUGUAUUGUCAAUUUUACAGGAAAACUUUUGUGGUGCAUUUCGGGAUGAGCGCACAUCAACUUUUUAGAAGCCAUAGCAAACAAAGCUAACUACAAUAUAUAUAAAAAUAAAUA